GCUUGGGAAGACUUGAAGGCCGGCCCGGCUACUCACAUCUCGACGGGAUUGGGAGCCCUUGAUCGUGCAUUGCUGGGGCUUGAUUCAACUGAUUCGAAAGAUGCUGUGCUGCAGGGGGGCGUCAAGCGCGGCCAGGUAACUGAGAUAUGGGGGCCCCCGGGUUGUGGUAAAACUGCAUUAGGAUAUCCCCCGUUAUCACCGCCAUCCACUAAUACAACCCGAUUGUGUCCAGACUGCUUUCAAAAAUUACAAACUCAGAGAAUAGCAAAUGUGCUGAAAUGCGUCAAAGAGUCACGACAUUUGGCGGGAACAGGGGAUACGCAAGACGUAGACCCAAGCAAGUUGGUUCAAUACUCUUGCAUGACACUGCCUCAUCUGCUUGCUUUUAUAUCUCGACCAACAACAACUACUAUUGCUUCGGAUGUGUCGCUUGUUAUUCUUAGCUCUCCAUCGGCCUUGAUUAACUCAUCUUUGCCAAGGUCAUUGGAAGGGAGAGGAAACCCAAAGCAAGCAAAGGGUCCUACUCCAUCUUCAAAACGCCUACAAGGGUUACAGUUUAUCAUCAACACGUUGCAAAAGCUCGCCGCAACUAAGAAUUGCGCCGUUGUCUUACUAUCGCAAUGUGCAACAAAGAUGAGAAGCGAGCAGAAACCCACACUAAUUCCGGCCAUCAACACCACGGUGUGGGAGCAAGGCGUGUCUACAAGGCUAGUUCUAUUUCGGGACUGGGCGUGGACUGCAAACAAGUCCUCCAGCGUCUUUCUAGCAGGCCUGCAGAAGAUUGACGGUAGGGCGGUUCAAGACGCCGUCGAGCAUGUAUCUGCAUUCAAAGUUGAGCCUACCGGCAUAUCAAGUGUCCACUACGAAGUCAGUGACCCGGGCAUGGAGGUGGCGGCCGUGGCACCCCGUCCAAAGAGGAAACUGGGGCAGACGGAGCUGGAGGUGCCGGACAGCGACGACGACGAAGACUACGGCUGGGCAGACGAAGACGAGGAUGCAUUGCCACCGCCGCCGUCUCAAUGGCAAGGAAGCGAGGACCUGAUUCUAGGUAAAGAGGCCGGCUUAAGCGAAGAGGAGCCGGAUGAA